AGACAGCGCCACAUUGAACUGAGAGGCAUCGCUUCCACACCACUGGCCACCGCGGAGAGUGUCCACACGCUGGGGGACAUGGAGCGGCUCUUCAGUAAAGCUUUGUCCGUGUCCGUGCGGAGCCGGGACUGCGACGAGAGAAAACGCACCAUUCGUGUCACUCUAGAUCUGCAACUGUCUGCCACCACAGUCCACAAAAGGAAUCUCUAUUUCAGAUUGACUGAUGACAAAGACCCGUACUUCCUGUUCACCCUGUCCAUUUCAGAAGAGGACUUUCAAAGUCUCAAAGUUCAGCAGGGUCUUCUGGUGGACUUCGGUUCAUUUCCCCAGAAGUUCAUCGAGCUGCUGCAUCUGUGCCACAGUGAGCAGGAGGCCGACAGUCCCAGGUUCCUGCUCCAGCUGUGCUGUCAGGGCCCCACUCUUGAGGGUCCAGCCACCCUCAGUGUGGUUGAGACCAAUGCCUUCAAACAUCUGAACCACCUGAGUCUACGCCUGUCACCUGGCUCCGAUAAGGACAUCAAGGACUACCUGGCCUCUUGCCUGUCCCGCUUGAAGGAGGAGAAGGAGGAGCUGGAAGUGAGGCUGAAAAAGACUGAGGAGGACUUGUCCAGGCAACUGUCCUGUACCCAGCAGACACUGUGUGAGAAGAGCAAAGAGCUGGAGAAGCUGCGUUCAGAAUGGACCAAUCAGACCAGCUCUCUGUCCAGUCGCUACUCUGAGGAGCUGGAGAGGGAGAGGGAGAAGAACCUGGAGUUACAGAGGCGUCUGCAGGAGCAGGCAGAGCAGCUCAGGCAGGAACUGGAGAGGAGCCACCACAGCAACUCUCAGCAGCUCCGCUCCAGGGUCUCCGAGCUGGAGACAUCCUGCCGCGAGCUUACAGAGAGGAAGUACAAGAAUGAGUCCACUAUCAGGGACCUGAAGAUGAAGCUGAUGGCAGCAGAGGAGGAGAGCCAGCGAUCCAAGCAGCAGGUGCUGUCCCUGAGGAGAGAGAACAGCCUUCUGGAUGCCCAGAGCCACGAGAAGGAACGCACCCUCAGUCAGCUGCAGAUGAGAGCGGCCGUAUUGGAGCAGGAGAUCAAGGACAAAGAACUGCUCAUGAGUCGCACCAAAGAUGUCCUGGAGGCCACGCAGCAGCAAAAGGUAUCCAUAGAAGAAAAUGUUGAAGGCAAAGAUCUACAGAUCAAAAAACUGGAGGCAACAGUGAAAUCUCUGUCAGAGGAGCUGCUCAAGGCCAAUAACAUCAUCCAGAAGCUUCAGAUGGAGGUCAAAGGUCUGAUGGGGAAGAUCAAAGUGAAGAACACAGUGACCGUGUCUCAGGAGAAGGUCCUUCAGGAUACCGGCGAGAGACUGCAGAGCGUGGAGAAGGAGCUCCACAAUAGCCAGCAGCAGCUGAGCACCAAGGACCAGCAGAUCUGUGCACUGAAGGAGCAGUUAGAGUCCACAGUACAGAAGCUGAAUGAGAGCCGAGAGGUGCUCAAGACCAAUGAGAAUGUGAUCAGUUGGCUCAACAAGCAGCUCAACGAGAGGCAGCUCAGUGACAAACACCAGACCAGAGUGGGCCCUCCAGAGCCUGCUGCCAAAACUGGUGCAAAGAGCCCCCUGUAUCCUGUGGGUAGAGUCACACUCCCUCCUGUGGGGGGCACUCAGAGCACUCCAUCUGACCUGCGGGGGACCACACAGCUAGAUGCUGCAGGGCUUGAUUCCAAAUACUUUGAGAGAAUGGACAGUAUUUCCAUCUACGGCCUGGCCUCCAGCCUCCCCAGCAAAGACAUCCCCCGGCCAACCAAAGCCUCCGUACCCUCAGCAUACUUCUCCGCCUGACUUCUGCCUGACCGCUACCUGGCCUCCUGACCUGACCAGUGCAUGCGACCAUCUCAAGUUCCCUUGAUUGUGUUUUUGACUUACUCUUUAUGUUAGAUUCUAAUAUUCACCUGAAUGAUCUACAAAGAACACUUUUUUUUAAGUCUGACCACAUUAGUUUUCCGUUUAUAAAAAUGUACAAUAAUAAAGACUUAUUUGAC